AUGGGGGAAAAUAAGAUUAUCGGGUUGAAGACCCAUGACUGUCAUGUUCUGCUGCAACGUCUUCUUCCUGUGGUCAUUCGCCCGUAUUUGCAGAGUGAUGUGGUUGACACGUUGGUGGCUUUGUCCAACUUCUUUCAGAGGUUAUGUGCUAAAGAGCUAAAAAAGUCAGAGGUCCGGUCAUUGCAAGACGAUAUUGUGCAACUUGGAGAUUACAAGAAGACGAACAGGAACAAACGUUUCCCUGAAGGUUCGAUCACGGCGGCUUACAUUUCUAGUGAGUGUGUAACCUUCUACAACACAUAUCUUAAUGAUGAACACACGGGAGGGGAAUCUUCAGGAGGGGGAAAUCAAUUCCAUUUAUCAGUUGUUUCUAACGAAGUACAACCGUAUGGCAGGCUAGGUAGGGAAUACAGAUUGAGUCGUGAAGAAUUGAAGGAGGCUCAUUGGUGCGUCCUUCAACAUUGCGAUGAAUUGGAGGAUUAUCUGGAGAAACAUUUGAGCAGGCAAAAUGGGAAUGAAGCCAUUCACAAGAGAGAUUUUCCUGACUACUUCCCAAUUUGGAUGAUGCAUAUUCAACAGAACCAACGUGAAUUUUACGACCCCGAGCUGCACUAUUUGGCUGGCGGACCGCUAAAGCACAGAGCACAUACGGGAUGUUUUGUUAACUGGGUUAAGUUUAUGACAUCAGAACGAGAUGAUGGUCGCAUCACCCAAAACAAUGGAGUCAUGGUCGAGGGCAAGUCUCACAACUACUACGAAGUGCUUAUCAGCGUUAUCGAACUAAUCUACGGGAACCGUAUGCUGGUCGUGUUGUUCAAGUGCAAAUGGUUCAAUACUAACCCAAAUGUUUGCAGGAGUACGGUUACAGACCAUGGUUUGUUAUCAGUGAACACAAACACUUCAUGGUAUGAGAAUGAGCCGUUUGUUUUUGCCUCCAUGGCACAACAAGUCUUUUAUCUUGAUGAUCCGGCUAUGGGUGAGGGUUGGAAAGUGGUGCAGGUAAUGUCACAUAGGAAUAUAUGGAGUGCAGCUACAUUGGGAGUGGAUGAGGGUACGGAACCGAGCUCUGUACCGAACGAACCAUAUCAAGAGGAAACUCCACCUGUAAUUCCCAAUGACGUGGACAUUCGCGUCAACGACCAACACGUUCCGGCCAUUACAGGUUACAUUGAAGUUACUAUGCCCGAACCUGAAGAAAAUGACGAAUACAAGGAUGAAGAAGAUGAGGAUUCAGAGGAAUUCGAGGAGGAUGAUGAUCCCGAAGACCAAGAUUAUGAAGAUGAGUAUGAUUAA